GUCACCACCAAACUUUUCCGUCCGUCACCUUUCUUCAACAAACCUCCCAACCAACCAAUGGAAAAAUCAGAGCCAUGCUCUUCCUCCUCUCUCCUUCAUCCACCUCCUCACUCAUUUCUCUUUCUAAAUCUCUCUCUCUCCAAACCCUUAAAAAAUUCCACCCCCUCUCCCUCCUCUCCACCAUGUCCAUAAACAUGACCACCCAUGCCUUUGCAGGAAACCACACAAGAUCCAAAACCCCAAAAUCGAUUUCAGCCUUUUCACAUACCUCAGCCCUUCAAAGCCUCAAAUCCAUUCUUUUAGGGCACACCCAUGAACCACCUUCCCCUGAUUUUAAAGUUCUGCCCUUUAGGAAGGGCAGGCCCUUGGCCGGUUCGACGGGCGAUCCGGGGCCGAAGUGGCAUCUGGGUUGGCUGAGUUUGGGCGAUUGUAAAAGCGUUUUGGAAAAAUUUGAGGUUAAUUUGAGUGAAGAGUCGUUGGUUUACUUGGGUUCAAAACCGGAGGAGGAUGUGGUUUAUUGGGGAAUUGAUGUUUCUGAGGCUAAUAGUUUGGUUAAUGAAUUAGGAAGUAGAGGGUUGUGCUUUGUUGAGCUGAGGACUCUGAUGGUCGCCACUGAUUGGGGUGAUGAUCGAGCAAUGGGUGAGCUAGCUGUUGCUGGCCAUGCUAGGGCAUUGCUAGAAUGGCAUAACCUAUCACGUUUUUGUGGACAUUGUGGAGCAAAAACAGUGCCCAAGGAAGCUGGGAGACGGAAGCAGUGCUCAAACGAGUUAUGCAAGAAGAGAAUUUAUCCUCGAGUUGAUCCAGUGGUUAUUAUGUUAGUGAUUGACAGAAAGAAUGACCGUGCACUUUUAAGUAGACAGUCAAGGUUUGUGCCUCGCAUGUGGAGCUGCCUUGCUGGUUUUAUAGAGCCUGGAGAAAGCUUGGAAGAGGCAGUGAGGAGGGAAACUUGGGAGGAGACUGGCAUUGAAGUUGGAGAAGUUAUCUAUCACAGUUCACAGCCGUGGCCUGUUGGGCCCAGUAGCAUGCCAUGCCAACUGAUGGUGGGAUUCUUUGCGUAUGCUAAAUCACUUGAAAUAAACGUGGACAAGGAAGAGUUAGAAGAUGCUGAGUGGCACAGUAGGGAAGAUGUGAAGAAAGCCUUGGCAUUGGCUGAGUACAAAAAGGCACAAGUGACAGCAGCAGCCAAGGUAGAUCAGAUGUGCAAGGGAGUGGAGAAAGGGCAGUACAACUUAGCUACCGACUUCAAUGUGGAAAGUGGGGAACUUGCUUCGAUGUUCGUCCCGGGGCCCUUUGCAAUUGCUCAUCAUCUCAUCUCUGCCUGGGUUAAUCAGGAUGAUGGGUUAAAUGGUGUCGAAGCCCAAGUGAAGCAACUUAGUGGCUCUGUGUCAAAUUUAUAGUGGCAAUCUGAUAAUGUGGCCUUUAAUCCUUCUCGUUUCCUCUUUUUAAAGGAGGGCAAGGGGUGGUUUUGCUGUAUUUUGCCAUCACCAGUAGUAUAUAUCCUAUAAUCCUCCAGAAUGAUGGAGCAACUCUCUCUCUCUCUCUGUGCGCGCGAGCGCGUAAGGGCCAUAAAGCUGGUAGGCCAUGUUUAUUCAUUCUUGUAAUAAGUUUUUGGUGUUUUUGAACUGAAUUCCUGAAAUUGUGUUUUUUAGCUGAAUUCCUGAAAUAAGUAAAUUGAUGACAGAUCAAAA